AUGAACGAAGUGCCUUUUCCAUCCCAUCGACAGCUUUGUUCUGAGCUUUUCAUUGUUGAAGGCACGCAACGCGUACUGACCAAAGGCUCGGACAACGUCGAUCCCUCUGCCGCGAUCUCUCAAGAGGCUGCAGACAGCGCCUCGUUACUAGGCCACCCUUGGGUUAGGCUUCGAGAUCCUUAUAAUGGAAUUAGCCAAUUCCUGAAAGACGAAUUGAUAACGGAUAGCUUGGACAAGCUAGCUCCGCAUCUGUGGCUGGUUGCCACGCAGAACAGCACUCAUAUUUCGUCGCUGACCCAUCAACUGGUCCGAGGCCGACAGAUAGUUGUCACAGAGGAUCCAGGCCUCCAUUUGACAUGGAUAUACGAAAGGGUUUUUAUAAAGCCGCUUCCCGAGUAUCUGCUUUCCCACGCGUUUUGGGAUUACUUCCUCGUCAACUCCAGUUCACCCAUUCCCUCUCCGGACAGGAAAGCAAUCUUCAGAGCGGCAUGUGGCUUCUUGAGAUCCUACGCGUUUCUCAUACAGCACAAAUCGGACUAUCUGCUUGCAAUACAGGAUGACAAACUGGACCUAAUUCCGAAGUCCAUCCCAUUUUCCGACUUGGUUGAGUUUCUGAGAUGUUUCAAGUCCAUUCCAGAUACUGAAGUUUCUCCCCGAUAUCUAUAUAGAGAUCUCCGACUUACGCGCCUCAACUUCUGGGUCAAGAUAUUCCAAGGGAAAAGAACAUAUUUCAAGCAAUAUGGGCAGUAUGGUGCCUACUUUGCUCAAUUUUAUGGCCCUCUUCUAUUUGUCUUUGGAAUAAUUACUCUUGCAUUGAGCUCGAUGCAAGUUGUUUUAGCUGCGGAAUCAGUCACCGGAUUUGGCGAUGGAUGGAUGAGUUUUGUGUGGAUGUCGCAAGGCUUUUCAAUAUUUACUCUAUGCCUGACCCUUUUGUUGUCAUUAUUUCUGAUAGCAAGCCCCGUUUUGUUCAUUUUCCGAGAGGUCAUUUAUGCUGCGAAACACCACCACCAUGGUGAGCUAGUGAGCGAAUGUAGUUCAGGAGCGGCUAGAGGCAAGACAAAUACUGAAGGCGUCGUGUAG